UAUACCGGCUAGCAACUGCCUUCGUCCGUUCAGCAAGCCCGGAGAAGGUAGCAGCUCCUUCCUUGUUUCCAAAAAGGUCUGAAGGUCCAGGUUUGGAAAGAGAACUACUGCUUUCAGGACACGAUUACAAGUUGCCUGAAUGUUGAGAGCUCUAACUUUUUCGUGUAUGUUCUGCCAGCAGUAGGAGAGUGGAGGAGAAGCCUGAAAGCUGGAAAUGGCCGCAGCUGGGAAUGACCGCUCUUUCCAUGUUUGUUCCCCCUACGCACAGCAGAAGUACAGCAACAUCUCCUGUUUCUGGGAAAAACAACCAUCAGGCUGCUUGAGGAUCAGUUGCGCCUUCCAUCACAGCAAACCUCGCAGCAUAAAUGGACUUUUUUUGCCGCCGAGUAACAAUGCCCCAUUGCAACAAGGUGUCCAAGAAGGGAUUCCGCACCCAGCCCAUGGUCAAGAGUCACUCAGAAAUCAAAAGAAUAUUUUACGACCAAUUCACCCUCCACUGACUAUACACCUCAACGAUGAAGACGACGAUGAGGACGAUGAUGAAGAGGAGGAGAACGGUGCUCCUGACUGGGUGCCUCAGACUGCUGCAGACCUUGAAGAGGAAAGAGCAAUAAAGGAAAUAUGCUAUCAAUCUGGAGAGUAUUACGGGAUUCAGUACCCUCAGGAACACCAAUCAACAAAAACUGUGUCUUCACCUCGGGAAAACGAGCUACUACCCUGGGAAGCUACCGAGCGAGACUUGCAGGCAGGCGACGGUGAUACAGUUCCUACAACAUUUAAGAAUGCAAAAGGAGAAGGAGAGAGCUCAGGAACGACAGUACCAGCAGAGACCAUUCCCAGAACAGAUCGUGGAUCCUUUGAAAACGGAGGAACCAAUCGCAUGGAGCGGGUAAAGAACUAUCCCGGUAAAGAAGCAAAGGAGAAGCAAUGGAUUUCCGAGGAAGAAAGCAAGUCCCAUAACACAGGAACAGGAAAAGGAAUUCACACUCCAGACCCCAAAGCAAAACCACGUCGCCAACAAAGGGGUCAAAGUAAGGACGAUGAAGCUGCUUCUGCUAUUCCUCCAGUGAGAGAAACUGGAAGAGACACUUAUUUCAGUUCUUCAGAACCUCGAAGAUCAGCAUAUGUAGUCUACCGUACUGCCACCGUCACCCAAGAACCAAAGUGCAAUGGACCGACAGACAAAUAUACUUCAGGCUCUUACAAUGCACCAACUUGGAGGAAAAGAAAUCCACACCCUAAAACGUUCUCAAAGUCUAAAACAACCAGUCAGAGCCAAGAAGACAGGGAAGUGAACAGGAAAGGAGAGCGAUACAUAGACAGGAGAAAGAGAUGA